AUGUGCAAAUUUCACAUCGGACUUACGUGCUCACCGAAAGAGCGUGAGAAGGUGAUUACUACCUUUGGUGAUGUCAAAUUCUUUAUCACGGGUGGUAGCGCUGAGCGCAUGAUCAGCUUUGCUCAUUCAGUUGCUAUGGCAUUGAAUAUUGCCCCGCCGUAUGGCUAUGCGCUGUCUCCCAUUGGUAGUACUUCACGCUACGCGCUGUAUAAAGUGGGUCCUGUGCUUGUGGCAAAUCACGGCAUUGGUAUGCCGUCCAUUUCCAUCUUACUACACGAAGUCACCAAAUUGCUUGAGUACGCUGGCGCAUACGACAUUACGUACAUUCGCAUGGGUACAAGUGGUGGAAUUGGCGUCGAACCUGGUACUAUUGUCAUCACGUCCGAGGGCAUGAACAACAAAAUGGAGUGUGUGGAUAAGGUAGCUGUAUUGGGCUCCAUUGAGCUUCGACCGUCCAUCUGCUCACCUGAAGCGCGCAAAGAGAUCAUUACUGCGGCCAAGGAGGGUCAAGGACGACUGGAUGGCGCCAUUUGCGAGUAUACUCUGGAGGACAAGAUGGCGUUUCUACAAAAGUUAGCCGCCGUUGGCGUCUGCAACAUUGAAAUGGAGGCGCGCUUCAUGGCUGGUUUCUGCCACAAGCUCAAUAUUCCCGUGGCGGUGGUGUGUGUGACCUUGUUGAACCGCCUCAACGGUGACCAGGUACUUUUGAGCCAUGAAACGCUGCAGGCUUUUGAGAUGCGCCCUGCUACUGUGCUGCUGCACUAUAUUAAGACAAAGCUUUGUUCAGCAAAGAUAGCUUAA